AUGCCACCUCUUUUGACUACUGUGCUCUCGCUGUCCGUGCUCCUGCACGCGUCUCGCACUUCCAUCGCCUGCUCAACGGAAAAAGCGAUCCCAUUUUCGCCUGGCUUCGACAUCGAGAAGGUCGUCUCUCUCGCUCAGAAACUCCCCGGCCACUCAUGGGAACAUGGCGUCACUGCUCAAGCUCUACUUGAGUUGUUCGAUCCCGAGUUCUCGAUUUUCGGCAACGCCUCGAUGCCCACACCAAAGCUCUCAAAGUCGACCGUCAAGUCGCUCUCGUACGCUGCGAGGAACAUCAAGUUUGGCAAGGAUUCCGACGCAUUGGCGCCAGGUGGCGGCGCAUCAGCAGAUCCUUCGAGCUUGGGCGUGUCGGCUGUCCUUCUGGGUAUGACGGAACCUGUCUACCUUGAUAAGGCAGCGGAAACGAUUAACUACCUCGUGAACAAAGCCCCUCGCCAAUGGAACGGAGCGAUAUCCCAUCGCAGGGACAUCGUUGAAAUUUGGUAUGUAGAUCAGCUGUCGUAUUUCCCUUCCCAUUACUCACAUUCCCCUAGGGGCGACUUCGUCUACAUGGUCCCUCCAUUCCUCGCCUACUAUGGUGCUCAUACCAAUAACGAGACACUCCUCUUGGAAGCAGUUAACCAGUGCCGGUACUAUCGACAAACCCUUCGGGCCAACACCACUGCACCCUACCAGGGCACCUGGCAUCACAUCAUUGGUCCCCAAAGUGCCGACUGGGGCCUCUGGUCCACCAGCAACGCCUGGGCAGCAGCUGGUAUGACCCGAGUCCUCGCCACUGUCCUCAAAACCCCCAUGCGACCCGCCUGGCGCGACUCCGUCGCAACCGAACUCAACUGGUGGAUCCGGGAGAUGGUUGAAGGCGCAAUGAACUCACCGAUGGACGGUGGUCUCUUGCGGAACUACCUCAAUGAUGUUUCGAGUCCCCGCGGGUUCGGAGAGAUUUCUGGGAGCUCGUUGCUGGCGGCUGUGGUGUACAGGAUGGCCAUUUUGCGCCCCAAGACGUUUGGAGACAAGUACGUCCAGUGGGCCGAUGGCAUCCGCAAGGUGUUGGGGAGGAAUGAUGCGAGAGGGAAGCCUCACGUCAAGGCAGACGGUGUCGUCACUCCUGCUGUUAACCCUCUGAACUGGCGUGACCCUGUCCCGAUGACCACCGGGAGUCCUGAAGGGCAAGCUUUCGUUGUUUUGAUGUACGCAGCUUGGAGGGAUUGCGUUUUCGCAGGCAAAUGCCAUCGUUGA